AUGUAUCAAAACAUUUCAUUAUCAAUUAUUAGUGACUUUGUUCAACGUUUAAAAAAAAUGAAAAAAAAAGUGUAUGGUUAUUUAAAACAUUUUUUAAAAUUAAUUGAAUCUUUACGAAAAUGUCAUGAAACAUUAAAAAAUGAAUUAUUGAUAAUAACAUUAGCACUCAAUUUUAAUGAAGAUGUAUUGAUUAAGAAAAAUGACGACACUAGUUUAUUAGCAAUAUACGGUAAAUUUUCAUCAAAAAGUUGUGUAUCAAAAUAUCGUUUACACUGUGCGCAACUUGCACUCAAAAUAAAACAAGAUUUAAAGUCCAUUAAUGAAAAAUUAGUGAAUUUGUUAAGUGAUGAAUAUGAUGUCAAUAUGAGCUUGUUGUGUGAUGAAAGUAAAAAAGUUCUAUCGUGUCUUUCAUACUAUGAUAGUGGAAUGACGUACAUUCUACGACUUAUUCCUGACAGUGCCUUGAAAUUUGAAACACUACUUCAACUAUGUACUCAAUUGUUCGAUUUAGAGCCGACCAUUCAGUUGGAGUUGUCACCAAUUAAAGAUAAUAACUUGAAUCUAAAUACUUCACUCGUUGUGUUUAGUACAGGUGUCAGCCCAUGA